AUGGCGGACACGGCGAGGUCACCGCGGCGCCCGCAGUCACCUGCCGGUGGGGCACCGCCUCGCGGCGCGGUGACGCCGGUCGUGCGGCUCUCCGAGUCGUCGACCGUCGUGGGGCUGACCCGUCGCCUGCUCACGACGGCGUCACGGCAGGGCGCGGGCCGCGACCGGUCGGCGUCGCGGGGUCCCCGGGCCGCGCGGCCGGCCCGCCUCCCGGAGGGCAACCGGCUCGACCAGCUGGUCGAGGGCCGCGUCGACGAGUACCGCAGGCAGGGACGUGCCGGUCGCCACGCCGUCGAGGCCGCCGAGGGGUCGCUGACCUACGACGCCCUCGACGGUGCCGCGAACCGGCUCGCCCGCUUCCUGCGCCGGCGCCGGGUCGGGGCGGGUGACCGCGUCGCGGUCCUGCUCGCGCGCCCGACCGACGCCCUCACCGCGCAGCUCGCCCUGACCAAGGUCGGCGCCGUCUGGGUCCCCCUCGACGCGGGCCUCCCCGACCGCAGCCUCGCGGCCGUCCUCGCCGGGUCGGGGGCCGGCCUCGUGAUCACCACGGCCGCCGCCGCAUCCCGGCUGGCGGCCUCGGACGUCGACGCGAUCUACCUCGACCGGGUGGCCGCCCGGGUCGACGCCGAGGACGCCCGACGCCCGACCGGCGCCGAGCGCGGCGCCGACGCCGAGGCGCCCGCCUACGUGGUCGUGCACGCCGACGCGAGCACGCACGGCGCCGCGCUCGGCCUGCGCGCCCCGGCCGUCGGCCACCCGGCGGUCACCAACCUCGUCCGGGUCGCCGCCGCGAUCCUCGACAUCGGCGAGACCGACCGCGUCCACCACGACCCGCACACCGGCUCCGAUCUCGCCGUGCUCGAGACCUGGCUGCCCUGGGUCUGCGGGGCCACCGUCGUCACCCCGCCCGCCGGCGCCGACCUGCGGGGCCCGGCGCUCGGACGCUUCCUCGCCGACCGGGGGAUCACCGUGCUGCGCGCCGAUCCCGCCCGGCUCGCCGGCAUCGACGUCGACCUGCCCCGGCUGCGGCUGCUG